UGUAAUUCAGUUUGAGGUUAAAUUAAAAGCAGAGUUGUUCAUGUUAUUUUUGCUCCUAUUCAUAAGCUUUUUUUUAUAUUUGGUUUCUAACAAAGAGGAUGGGUAAGGUAGAAAUAAGAAAAUAACAAAACGGGAAUACUGUCGAUGGACCAUGCGAUUAAUGCAUACAAACAAAACCAGUGUGGUUUGAAUGAGUGCUGCAGACGUUAUAAGAUUCCAGAGCCGACUUUUAGAAGGCACUUGCCCUCUUUAAAUAAAAAGGCAAAUGAAAAUGUUCAGUCUCUGGGUCGACACACAACUUUUAGCCCUGAAAUUUAAAUGGAAUUGGCAAAACAUAUUUUAAAGCUGGAAAAAAGAUUUUUUAUGUAACAAUUCGGAAUGUUCGACGAUUGGCUUUUCCAAUAGCU